GGACUGGGGUCCUGAUGACGUAACAUGUGACGUCACAUCCAUGUUCAUGAUGGCUGCUCGAUUAAUUUGCUAUUAGUUUGUCGAUUAAGACCAUGGUUUGGACUAUUCGCGCUACAGAUCUGGUAUAAGUUGACCUGCAGGGGAAAAGACACUAACACCAUGUCUGACGACGACGACAAACCUCCAGCACCUCCUGUCCGGCUGACAAGCAAUAGAGGGGACAUGGCUCCCACACUUCCAGUGGACAUGCGGCCCUUACCAAAAGAGCCAGAUGCUGCCGACGAAAAGAAAAAGCAGCGUGCCUUGAAGGCAGCGAAAGCCAAAAAACAGAAGACUCCUGGCAUGGGAAGCAGUUUUGGGGCGAGCGACGCGCCCGACAAGCCAAAUAUCUCCUACCCCACUAAUUUUGAGCACACCGUUCACGUUGGAUUUGAUGCGAUUACUGGCGAAUUUACCCUGCCGUUAAAAGGAAUGCCUGAAGCGUGGGCGCGGCUCCUUAUGGCUUCCAACAUUAGCAAGCAAGAGCAAAAGAAAAAUCCGCAGGCGGUGCUCGACGUGCUGAACUACUAUGACAAUUCCUCCAAAGAGCACAAACCCUCCAAAUACAUGACCACUGCGAAAAUAGCAGUUGUCGAGCCCCCUCCAACACCUCUAGUUUCCACCCCUUUGAGAGGCCCUAGUCAGACUAGCGCUGCCUCAGGUUCCAGUCACACACCUACUGGCUCGAGCCACCCUUCGUCCUGCAGUCCUUCCACUACUCCAGAUACGGAGCACACCGGAGGCGAAGACAAUGAGGACGAUGAAGUUUCUCCGCCACCACCUCCAAUUGCUGCCCGCCCAGAAAGAACCAAAUCAAUUUACACCAAGCCGCUCGAUGAAGAUAGUUCGCGAAACAAUACAAACCUGCCCACCUCACCUCACCACGUGCUUCACCAACACACGAACGGAUCGGCAAUGAUGCUGGACAAGAAUAAAAAUGCCACUGCCAUGCUUUCAUCUUCUUCCUCGUCGUCCUCGCACCUCGGCGCCGCAACAACGUCCCCAACACCAACUUCGGCCACCACACAAGUCCCAACCAGUCCUGCCGGUGGAGGUUUAGUCACAGCCUUAGAGAGAGAUAAACCUAGGAAGAAGAAAAUGUCUGAUGAGGAAAUUUUGGAGCGGCUGAGAACCAUCGUUAGUGUGGGUGAUCCAAAUAGGAAAUACACUAAAAUGGAGAAAAUUGGCCAAGGGGCCUCUGGUACUGUUUUCACAGCGAUUGAAACGUGCACCGGUAUGGAGGUUGCUAUCAAGCAAAUGAAUUUAUCACAACAACCUAAAAAGGAACUAAUUAUCAAUGAAAUUCUUGUGAUGCGAGAGAAUAAACACCCAAAUGUAGUUAACUAUCUAGAUAGCUACUUAGUUGGAGAGGAACUCUGGGUGGUAAUGGAAUAUCUCCCAGGUGGAUCCUUGACGGACGUGGUCACUGAGACUUGUAUGGACGAAGGCCAAAUUGCCAGUGUUUGUCGAGAAGUGUUGCAGGCUUUAGAGUUCCUGCAUUCAAAUCAGGUCAUUCACCGAGAUAUCAAAUCGGACAACAUUCUUCUGGGCAUGGAUGGCUCUGUCAAACUGACUGAUUUUGGUUUUUGCGCACAAAUUUCGCCCGAGCAAAACAAAAGAACCACCAUGGUGGGAACGCCUUACUGGAUGGCGCCCGAAGUGGUCACACGAAAGCAGUAUGGACCCAAAGUGGACGUUUGGUCGCUUGGCAUCAUGGCGAUUGAAAUGAUCGAGGGAGAACCACCUUACCUCAAUGAAAAUCCCCUGCGAGCCCUCUACCUUAUCGCCACAAACGGAAAGCCCGACAUCAAAGAUAAGGACAAAUUGUCAGCCGUUUUCCAGGACUUCCUUGAUCAGUGCCUCGAAGUGGAAGUUGAGCAACGAUCGUCUGCAUCUGAAUUGCUCAAGCAUCCAUUCCUGAAGUUGGCAAGGCCGCUAGCAAGUUUAACACCACUAAUAAUGGCAGCAAAGGAUGCAGCCAAGAAUCACUGAAUACGUGACAUAUGUAAGCAUGUGACAAUGGACAGGGUGUUGAGUUUUGCAGCAUCAAAUUAGUGAAUAAUUGAAUGUGAGACCGUGACUGGUGGUAAAUACAUUAUUUCUAGCGUAGUAUUUUCAAUGCUUGAUUUCCCGUCAGCUCAAAUCAGUGAAAAUCGUGAUUAUUUAAAAUUAGUGCCACCACAAUUUAAGUUGUCCUAGAAAAAGCCACCUGCUGGCUGGCCAAAUAUGAAAAAUGGCCUGGCCUGAUGAUUCAAGCAAUACCGAUGUAUACUUUGUCUCAAUAGAUGGACCACAAACUGUAUGCUCUCCUAAACCAUCCAGUUAUUUUGUUAGUCAGAUUUAGGUUUUGUUCCAUUCACUGUUAAGAAACCUCAAUAAGUACACGCAACAUGUAAACUGAUAACUGUAGUUGAUUUUGAUGGAAUUAACGCAAAUAACGAGCUAUAUUUAUCAAGAUAUCAAUUUAUCCUCUGAUGUCCUGCAUUCACUGUGUUGCUAUAUUCCUUUUUGGUGCACAUAUUUGCUUUUCAAAUAUUCUUUCGUGCAGUCUAGAUAAGUUUCAAGUCGAAUUUAAUUUUUCACAUUGCCAAUCGACUCUUGGAGGUCAAAUUAGGUAAAGCUGAUUUUCGACACAUCGCAUUGUCGACUGCCUUACCUAGUUUGAUCCUCAGAAUCGAUUGGAAACGUCAAAAAUUAAAUUCCAGUGCUCCUUUUAGUGUGCUUUUAAAGCAACUGUGUUUCACAAUUGGUUAGGACAAGGAGAUUUUCGACUAGCAGCACAUACCUAUUGUUAUCACAACUAAAAUCGAGCAGGAAAAAUCAAGGGCUGGUGCCUGAGCUAAUCUCUAAAACCAGUGCUUGAGCUGCCAAAUUCUUUGCCAAGGUAGCUAUCAUUUCCAUUGAGAGAAUCGUCUCUCGAAACAACGCUGUGAUUCCCCCGAUUUUUCAAGCAGUGUUUUAACUGCUGUCAAAAUGUAAAGCAAGAAUAUAGAUCAAAAGUGCAUCCUGAAUUUACCUUUUAGACGAAGGGGCAAGAGAAUUUGGCAGCUCGUUUUCUGGACGGUAACUGAUUGCGUAAGCUUAAUUGUUGUUAUUAUUUUAAUUCGAAUGAUUGGCCAGAGUGGCUCAAUUAUUAUUUUUAUACAGUAGGUAGUCAUUUAUUUAAUCGAAAAAACAGUCGGAAAUUUUCUGAUUGUUUUAAAUUGCUUUGGUACAAGCUUUAAUUUGUGUAAAUAUCAUUUUGUAAUGUAGGUUAUGAUUUGUAUUUUGUGCGUUUUGUAUUAGUUGGUAGCAAUUCUCACUUUCUUUUUUGUCUUUUUAAUUUUCAGCCUCCAUAAAAAAAUCAAAAUGCUUGCUUGUAACUCUAACAUUGAUUUUGGCUUGGAGAUUUUUUUGUUACCUCAUGACUUCUUUGACUUUGAUGUACAAUCACAAUUGAUAUCAAAAUACAACUCAGCGCACGUCUGAAAAUUGUAAAAUUAAAACAAGGAAUGCAGUGCUCCAUGAG